AUGCCUCUGCCACACAGUUUCACUGAGAAGCUGCACCAAAACUGGACGGAUGGGUUAUUUCUUGACCUCCAGCUCCUUUGCAAUGGCCAAGCAAUUGGUGUCCACAAAAUCGUUCUCUGCUCGCAUUCGCCUGUGUUUUUGACGGCUCUCUCAGGCCCCUACCAAGAGUCAGAGGAAGAAAUCUACGAGGUCAACGACAGUAGCUAUCCAAUUGUUGUCGGGAUGGUCACGUUCAUGUAUACAGGCUCUUACAAGGCUCCCGACGAAAAUUCGACAGUGGUUCACAAAGGAUAUGCCGGAGUCUUGUUCCAUGCUGGCAUGGUGGCCUUGGCAGACAAGUACCUGAUUCCAUCUCUUCGCGAACUUGCUCUGAGAGAAUUCAGGAAAUGCGUGGAUUGGGAAACGAAUCUUCGGGCUCUACUUCAGUCCGUCUCUGGAGUAUAUGCUAUCGAAGGGGAUGGACGCGCCGAACUUCGUCACAUUCUUGUGAAUCGUUUUGACUCUCGACUUGCCUUUCACAUCGAAGAUCACGGAAUGGAACAUCUUUUGCGAGAAAUAUCGGAAAUAACUCCUCAAUUCACCAUCGAUCUUGCUAUGGCUUUGCUCUUGACAACAUCAACCGCGCGCUGCCAAAGUUGUCAUGAGACUAUCCACACGGCACGAGUCAGAGUCUCUGCAGGACGUAUCAAGUGUAAAACUUGCGGUCGAAAGACUUAA